CCCGAUAAUUCAUCCAUCAGGAUGGUUUCGUUAACUCUAGUCGAAGAAGCUGAGCAAGACAAAAACACUGCCAAUCAGUUUUUUAAAGAAAAGAAAUACCUCGUUGCCAUUGAAUGGUACACAAAAGCAAUCGACAAGAACCCCAAUAUCCCAGCUUACUAUGGAAAUAGAAGUUUUGCAUACUUAAGAACUGAGUGUUUUGGUUAUGCCAUAACUGAUGCUGAUAAGGCUGUGGAAUUGGACAGAACAUACUUGAAGGCAUACUAUAGGCGAGCAGAGGCCAACAUGGCCCUUGGACGGUAUAAAAAGAGCUUAGCUGAUUACGAUACUGUUCGCAGGGCUAGACCCAAAGAUAACGAUGCCCGAAUGAAGUUCAAAGAGUGUGAUAAAAUCGUCAAACGGCUUGCUUUUGAAAAAGCCAUUAAUGUCGAGUCACUCAAAAAGAGUGUGAUAGAGAGUGUGGACAUGGAAAAUAUGGUGGUUGAAGAUUCUUACAGUGGACCAAAGUUGGGAGAUGACUAUAAAGUUACUGUUCAAUUCAUGGAACAGCUCGUUGCAUGGUUCAGAGAUCAAAAAAUUCUCCAUCGAAAGUAUGCCUAUGGCAUGCUUGUAACCAUCAAAAAGUAUUUUGAGGAGCAACCUUCCCUUGUGCAUAUAACGAUUCCAAGCUGUAACAAAUUUACAGUUUGUGGCGACAUUCAUGGUCAAUUCUAUGAUCUUCUGAAUAUCUUUGAGAUAAACGGAUUACCUAGUGAAACAAAUCCGUAUCUGUUUAACGGAGACUUUGUCGACAGAGGAUCAUUUUCAGUUGAAGUUAUCUUCACGUUAUUCGGCUUUAAAUUAUUGUAUCCAGACCACAUGUUUAUGGCCAGAGGAAACCACGAGUCAAUAAACAUGAACCAAAUGUAUGGGUUUGAUGGAGAGGUUAAAGAAAAAUACAGCAAGAAUAUGUCUGAUUUCUUUACGGAGAUAUUCAACUGGUUGCCCCUGUGUCAUGUUAUCAACAAUGGUGUAUUUGUAACUCACGGAGGACUAUUUCAGGAGGAUGGUAUCAAAAUUGAGGACAUUGAGAACUUUGAAAGGAACCGCCAGCCCCCAGAGUCUGGGGUCAUGUGCGACCUGCUCUGGUCAGAUCCACAGAGUUUCACCGGGCGUUCUGCAAGUAAACGUGGUGUUGGUGUUCAGUUUGGUCCUGAUGUGACCAGUGCCUUCCUCGACAGAAACCGUCUGAAAUACGUGAUUAGGUCUCACGAGGUUAAGGAUGAGGGAUAUGAGGUGAGUCAUGACGGAAAGUGUAUAACAGUUUUCUCUGCUCCCAACUACUGCGACCAAAUGGGAAAUAAGGGGGCCUUUAUCACUCUAAAGGAGGACUUGGUGCCCAAAUUCACAACGUUUGAGUCUGUGCCGCAUCCUGAUGUCAAGCCGAUGGCCUAUGCUAAUAAUUUAUUAAAAAUGUCUGGCUUCAUGUAACAUGUUCCACAUUUAAAUUCAAAGUAGGAUUCCUUUAAUGAUAAGGUAAGCUUGUAGCCUAUAUUUUUGAUUUUGUACUGCUAUGUAAGUCGAGAGCAUCUUGCAAACUACCUCUAAUUUUUCACAGCAAGUAGUUGAACAUUUUUGGGAAUUUGACUGUUCUUAUGGCCACGGUUAAAUGAUUAAAGACAGUGUAGAUUACAGUUAACUAGUGACAGCCGUAACACAACUUGCACUUUCAGUAAUGACAACGAUUUUGUAUCUUGAAUUGACCAUGUAUCAUGAUCCGUCCUUGUUGUACAAUGUACAUAUAUUCAGACUUUAGCAAAGGUGACCCUUUUUGUAUUGUAUUAGAUCAACAAAAAUGAAACUGAGUUAGUGGUGUUGAGUAUCAUACAGUAUAAUAUAAUCUAUAUUUUAUUUGAUUUUGAUAGCA